AUGCAAAGCCUGUCGUUUUUCCACUUGCUUUUGGUCCGUCCACGCCCCAUCCCCGCUUCAAACCUGACGUUUCUCUGUCCGGCUUCACUGGUCAGCUCUCCUACAACCGAGUUCCACGAGGCAACGGGGGCCGCUGUGGAGCCAUGCGCAGUGCACUCGCGGCCUAGGAUACAGACGAAACAGAUCCAGACGUACGAGGCAAGACAGGCGGAAUGGAAAGCGUGGGUGAAUACAGUUGCGCGGACAAGCGAAGACGCUACACCGCUCCUCACGAAAGAAUGGCUUCGACGCCCGACGGGGUAG